AUGAAAGACGGGCAGGGGGACCUCACCCUGGAAAAUAUUGCAAACGUAAAGAUUAAGGCAUAUCGAAAUAAUAGCAUUUAUUCCAAUGGCAAAGCGGAGGAGGGAAAGAAGGACAAGGGUGAGAGCUUCUACAGUGUGUAUAUUUUGACGUACAUAAAGCACAUCGUGAGGAUAAAGGCCAACUUAGCCCUGCACGGGGGGCUUUACAGCAACUACUUUGAGAAGUAUGAAGAGGAGUCCAUCUCGAAUAUUAUGCUGGAGAAUUUGCUCUCCAAGGAAGGGUGCGGCACCCCGAAAGGAAGUGGUAAGCAGGGUUCCGGUGGCAAACAGAGCGGAAGUGGUAACCCGAGUGGAAACAAACAACAAGGCAAAAGUGGCGAAACAAAGGGACAGACUAACCAGGAACAGCACAAAGACCUGAACUACUCCAUUAAGGAGCUCCUGAAGAAACUGAUAAAGUCGUACAAAAUCAGGGAGAACAAAAUUUUCCUCGUGACGGGAAUGCUUGGGUGCGGAAAAACGACCUGCGUAAGUUUGGCGAUUGAGUAUUUUAACAAAUAUUUACAAAUAGAAAAGAACAUGAAUCGGAGAAGCGACAAAAAAAGUGUGGGGUUCCUCUCGGCCGAUGACAAUGUGAGCAAGAAGUUGUACAAGAAGACGCCGUAUACGGUGAAAAGGUACCAGAAGGAGGAGGUGUCCAGCUACGAUUCGUCACCGGAGCAGGCGAGGAAGAAGAUUAAGAUUCACUGCGAUGAGCCACUUUUUAACUUCACCCCGAGGAAGGGCACGAAAAGUGGAAACAAAAAUAGCAAAAAGCGUGGCAACAGUGGUGGAAGCAAUAGUGCCUCCACAAACAGAUGCACGAAUGACGACUAUGAGAACACUCCAUCCGAUGAGGAACCGACUCAGGGAACCCCACACACAUGGGAAGAAAGUGAAGCCAAAAUGAAUGCACAACAAAUUAACAUGAACAUAAAGAACAUAUUCGAAAAUAACGACCUGUCCCCCCUGAGAAAAAACACAAACAUACGGAACAAAAUUCAAUUCGAGGAACUCCUGAAGGAGCAUAAUAAUUUGCCCCAAGUGGACAACCAGAGUGAUGAUGAAAACGCCGAGUUUAAUGAAAAAUAUAAAAAAAUUGUAGAAGAAAUAAAGGAAGAAGAAAAGGAACAGAGGUGCAUAUACACCAUUCGAAUCAGUGCAUAUCUCUACAGAGACGAUGUGCAAUGUAUUAGGUCAAUUCUGAGCCAGCUGCAAAAUUAUGUAAACGAAACGGACACCAAAAUAGAAGGUAAUUUGCUCCUAAACGAUUAUAUCAUCAAAUUGGAAAAAUUACUCAUCCAGAUAAAUAAUGAAAAAAAACAAACUCUCCUUAUUAUAGAAAAUGUAGAAAAGUUUUGUUUACAAACGAAGCAAAAUUUGUUAUAUACCCUCUUCGAUUUACUACACAGGAAGAAUAUUUGCAUUAACAUCAUUUGCCUGACCAACGUUUUGGAUAUUACGCAAACUCUGGAAAAAAGAAUAAAAUCCAGAUUCACAUUUGAGAUGCUGCACAUUUCUCCUAUUUUGAACAUUGACGAAAUUUCCAAAUUGGUUUACAAAAUUUUGUACGUCAAUUUGGACGACUUCCAUUUGAUCAAGAAAUACUACUCUGUUUAUUUUACCUACGUUGACUUGAUAAAGAUUCAGCGCUUCUUACAAAUUUAUAAUUCAACUAUGCAGAAGGAAAUAGCCGAUGAGCUUCUCCUGAAACAGUGGUCCUACGACAUCAAUUAUGGACUCGAUAUUAGGCAUAUCUACCACACUUGUGUGGAUGCCAUUUUAUCAAUAUGUGAGUACAGACAUAUUCUUAAUGGACAACGGGGUGGAGAUGGAUACCGCCAAGAAGGGGGGGUUAAUAACCUGCACAAGAAUCCCUUCCAGAGAAACGCCCUGCUGGAUGACCACUCAGAACAUACCUCCUCAGCAUCUGAUCAGGAAGGAGAAUACUUCAAAAAGGACACCUUAAAUUCGAUCGAUGGUGACGCGAAUCUGCAUGCAGAGGGGGAUCGCUCCCAGUAUAACCACUUCUUGGAGGGGGAACAGCUGCGAGAGGCCUCCCCAAUGAAGGGCAGAGGUAACAACAUGGAUAACCAUAAUCAACUGGGCAGCGAAAAAUUGGGAAUUUUCUCCAAGGAGAAAAAAACUAACCUGGAGUACCUGCGAGAACAGCGACCAGGAAAGUUAGACUGCACCCCUGUUAAAAGAAACUACCACCAAGAUUUUGCAACGGAGGGAAAACAUGCAGGAGGUCGAGAUGGACAUUUCCAGCUAGACAUGAACAUGGAUAUGAGUCCAAGGAAGUUAAAGGAAAAUAUUAAAUUAAAAACCAAAGUGGAAAGUCAAUAUAUUUUAAACAACGUACAGUCCAAGUUUAUUAGGAGACACUACAUUAAGAAGGUGCUCCGAGAUCUCUGCACCAUUGAAUAUAUGAUCCUAUGUGCAUUCACAAGGUUGUACAAGAAGGAAUUACUUCCUAAAACGCUCUAUGUUAUCUUACUAGAAAUUAACAAAUUUAAACAAGCCUAUCCCCAAGAACAGAUUGUUGGUUUUUCCCUCGAUGCGUACAGACGAUCCUUCUUCCGGUUGGUGGAUCUGGAUAUCAUCACUCUGUCUUCCUACUCAUUAAGUCAUUUGAAUAUUAAAAAUUUUAGUAACGACCUGUUCGGUCUACAUGAGCCGACUAAGUUCCCUUGCUACGACAUCUUCCUUGAGAACAUUGAGUCAUAUAAUUUAAACCACAACUUGAUUCAGUGGGUGAAGCACAACACGGAGGUGAUGCAGUGA